AUGGCACAACCACCGGCUCGUGACGAGAGGCGGCAAUCCCCGGCUCUUUCGCAAUCGAAGCUUUCGAUCCAGCAACCACUACAUGGAAACGCUGGGCUUGAUCCAGCUGACCCCUUCGUUCAACCUUAUGAUACGCUGGUGCUGAAGCUUGAGGAAUUCUAUGCGCCAACUCCGCUAAAAAUAGCGGAAAACUAUCGGUUUCACCAAUGGAAACAAUGCGAGGGAGAGUCAGUUCAACAAUUUGUGGCAGCGCUUCAUAAAUUGAGCAUCCACUGUAAAUUCGGAGAAUACCUAAGGACAGCUCUUCGCAAUCAAUUCGUCUUCGGACUACUGAACAAAAAAGCGCAAACUCAUUUAUUGGAGAGGAAGGAUUUAGACUUCGACAAUGCAGUAAAAAUUGCCAUCACAAUGGAGCUAUCGGAGAAGAGUUCAAUGCAGAUGAAGGAAGCAGGACCGUCUUCGUCAAAUCUGGACUUAUUGAAGGCGGGAAAAAAACCUCCUAAGAAAAAUCCUUCAGACAAGCGUUACAAGGGCGAUAAGUAUUAUAAGAACAAAUACGCUAUUCAAAAUACUAAUCAAAAUUCUAAAAUUAAUUUGAAAAAUAAUAAUAGUAAUAUAAGAUGUUAUUGUUGCGGUAAAGCACAUUUAGCUAAUAAGUGUUCCUUGAGCAGGGACAUACUUUGUCACAGCUGUGGAAAGCCGGGGCAUCUAAGUACAAUGUGUUUUUCGAAGGGCUCUGCAUAUCAACUACAAGAAAUCCUGAGCUUGGAACACGUAAAUCAUAGAGACAAAUUCCUCGUUACGCUCCUGGUCAACGAUAAACCGAUGGAAUUUGAAGUAGAUAGCGGUGCUGCUGUCACGAUCAUAAGUACACACGACGUCAACAAAGUCUUUCCAGGUGCGACCAUACACAAAACACAGUUACAAUUAAUUUCGUAUUGCGGCCGUGUCUUGCGAAGUCAAGGUUUCAUAACAGUUAACGUCAAAUAUAAAAAUAAAUCUAAUCAGCUUAACUUGUAUAUAGUCGGUAGUUCUAGAAAGCCAUUACUCGGUAGGGAAUGGAUUAGGCAGUUAUCCGACGGAUCUGAAUUCCUAGCUUCAAGUGCGACAAUUGAUAACAUUUUAAUGUUCGUCCCUAAUAGCAAGCUACAAAAUAUUAUUGAAAAAUACAACAAUACACGACCUUCAGAAUAUACAGCAAUAAAAGGAGUACAAGCAAAAAUUUCGCUGAAAUCGGACGCAGUACCGGGUGAACUAGACAAGUUAGAAAACACGGCAAUCAUCGAGAAGGUCACGACAUCUAAAUGGGCGACCCCCAUAGUCCCGAUAUUAAAAAAGAACGGUAAAAUUCGAAUAUGCGGAGACUACAAAAUUACACUAAACUCUCAAUUGUUAGUCGAUGACCACCCGUUCCUUACAAUAAACGAAUUAUUCGCGAAACUUGCAAAUGGAAAAAAAUUUUCGAAACUAGACUUAGAACAAGCAUAUCUGCAAUUAGAAAUCGCGCCAGAAGACCGCAAAUUGCUAACAAUUAGUACAUGUAAAGGAUUGUAUAAAGUAAAUAGAUUGAUGUACGGCAUUGCAUCCGGACCGACUAUAUGGCAAAGAGAAAUAGAAAAUAUAUUACAAGGCAUUCCGGGGGUAGCGAUUUUCUUUGAUCAUAUAGUGAUUACGGGAGAAACUAAUAUGAUACACUUAGCGAAAUUAGAGGAAGUAUUAGAAAGGUUAAAUCGUUACAAUGUACGUUUAAAUGUUGAUAAAUCAACCUUCUUUUCGGAUAAAGUUAACUAUUGCGGAUAUGUUAUUGAUAAAAACGGCGUUCAUAAAGAAGAGCAGAAAAUGGAAGCAAUUCGACAAAUGCCACGACCGACAAAUAUCUCGGAAGUUCGAGCUUUCACGGGCAUGAUAAAUUAUUACGGGCGUUUUAUACAAAAUUUAAGCGCGAUUUUAUUUCCACUUAAUAAGCUAUUACGAAAGGAUAUUCCAUUUAUCUGGUCAAAAGAAUGUGAGGCAGCUUUUUGCAGAGCGAAAGAAAUGUUUACGAGUAAACAGGUUUUAGUACAUUUCGAUUCCAGAUUACCACUUGUGUUAGCAACGGACGCUAACCAUCGUCCGCUAGUUCAAAUAUUUUCGCCCACUGCGAGCUUACCAAUUUACACGGCAAUACGCAUGCAACAUUAUGCAAUAUUUUUACAAGGAGUUAAUUACGAAAUACAAUACCGGAAAUCGGAAAAGCAUGCAAACGCGGACUGCCUAUCCAGACUCCCCGUUCCAAUCCAGAAAGCCACUGUCGACACAGUCGAUAUAUUCCAAAUGGAAACCAUAAACACGCUUCCGAUUACAGCGGCCCAGAUUGCUGAAAAAACAAUCAAAGAUAGAGAAUUAAAAGAAUUAUUACAGGCACUACAAACAGGAAUUCAGAUCAAUAAGAUAAAACGUUUCAAUGUAGAACAACUAGAAUUUAGCUUACAGAACGGCGUCAUUAUGUGGGGACAUAAAGUCAUUAUUCCGAAAGUGUUGCGCACUAAAAUUCUACAGGAAUUACACUCAGGCCAUUUCGGAGUAGUGAAAAUGAAAAGCCUUGCUCGUGGUUACUGUUGGUGGCAAGGAAUGGAUAAAGAUAUCGAGACGCUAGCCAAAAACUGUGCAAAUUGUAAUACACACAAAAACAAUCCGCCCAAAAUAGAAGUACAUCAUUGGCACAAAUUAACGUCCCCGUACAACCCAGCGACAAAUGGCCAAGCCGAACGUUUCGUACAAACUUUAAAACAAUCUUUGAAACGCAUGAAUUGUAAUCCUAGAAACGUCAAUGUUGCCUUAAACCAAUUAUUACUGCAAUAUAGAUCAAUGGCACACGCUUUUACAAACAAAUCUUUAGCAGAGAUGUUUCUAGGAAGAAAACUUUAUACUAGAUUAGAUUUAAUUCGUCCUAUUGAGGAAAAUAAAGCGAAUAAAAAUACAACAGAAAAAGUAUUCAAAAACAAAGAAAGAGUAGCGUACCGAAAUUACUCAGGCGCACCAGAAGCAAACGAAGGAAAUCAGAAUAAUGAUCCACUAGCAGAGAUUAUACAACCUCCGAACGAAAUACAAAUAGAUGCCUCCGCUCCUCAGCAAGCUGAACAACCACAACAAAAUGAACAACGCCAAGAAGCUGAACCGAUUCAGCAAACACCGCGAUGCUCCAGUAGACCAAAAGAAGGCCGAGAUACUUGGCUGAAUUUGUAG